AUGUCUUUUCCCGCUCGCUCAACCUCGCCCCGCGCGCGAAGGCCAUUGCACGAGCGUACGCCCUCGCACUCCAAUGAAAGAUCACCAACCCGCUCAUUACGCAUCGUCCCGGAUGAAGAACUUGAUAUGUACACCGCAACCCCAUUUCCGACCAAGCCGGAGCAGAUUCUCUUGCCGCUUCCCGGGAAAGGCCAACAACAAUACAUAUCAGACACCGGUUUCAGCUACUCCGAUCACCACCUGGGAUCAUCCACGUCGACCUAUUCCUCACCGGCUUUCAGCCACCCGGCACCCCACAGCCCGCGAGAUCACUCAAUUGGUAGCUGGGAUGUAUCCUCCACCGUGGAUACCGGCAACUCGCCCCCGCAGUUGUGGGAUGACGACCCAUCCUCCAGCAAGUCGUCGCUGCCAGGCUCGGGGAAAGCACCAGACUAUGGGUCCGAGAGUUCAGAAGCGGACUUCUCAGAUGAUGAUAUGGGAUUGCCGACGACCACCCCAACGAUAAAAGCCGUACGCUCGGAGUCAACUAUGUCGCCAAAAUCUUCUGCCGAGUCCGUGACUGGCUACUCCAGCCCUAUAGUUGAACAAAUCGGGGCCCCGUCAAGUCCCAACUUUGUAAUGCUGGAUAACUCGAGCAUGAACUUCCAUUCAGAGUCGGACCCGCGCACAAACUCGCUCUCGUCGUAUAACUCAGGAGGAACCGUGGUUCGGCACGUGGGGUCUGCACCCUGGUUCCAAAACGCCUUCCAACCGGCCUCGUCCGAGCAAUCGAGCUAUGGAUCCCCGUCAUUCCACUCCAGCCCACCCGCGCAGUCUAUAGCCUCAUUCCACUCGAGUCCGAUCGCGCAAUCCAUUGCCUCGUUCCGCUCGUCAUCCAGGGCGCCGUCGGGCAGCCGUUCCCAAUCAGCAACAUCCUCUUCGCGCAGUCUCCGUUCCGCUUCUGACUUGCAGGCUGCCAUCGACAAUGGCGUACCCAUUCAAUACCCGCGUAUUCGCGCGCCAUCUUCAAGCUCCCGCACCGGUGCAUCGUCAGAACGCGACUUCACCCCUGGCCCUCCAUCCGGACGUUGCAAUCCCCACUUGGCAUCAGGACGCUGGAACCCGCACCUCUCAACUGUCUCAUCCAUCUGGUCCGCCGAUGAAUCAACCAAGCUCGCUGGAGAAGCAGACACGGACUCAGACCGCGAUAUGGCAGCGCCAACCCCACCACCACCAGCAGCCCUAGCGACAGAAACAACCAGAUCCUCCGUCUGGCUUGUCGACCCCUCCAACGACAGCGAAGACGAACGUCUCGACAGCCUAACCAAGCUCCCAAACCGCCCGGUCUUCUCCCAAAGCCAAAGUCUCUCCUCCGGCUCAAAACGAAGCGACAGCACCCGCAGCCUCCAACGCCCAGGCACAGGAUCAAGCACAAUCCUCAACAUCCUCCCAACCUGGGCAAAAGUCUACUACCUCCGCGAACCAAUGGGCCUAAACUCAACUCUCUCAAUGAUGGACGCCUCCCGUCCGCCAUCCAUCCGUCCACCAUCAACCCGCCCACCAUCCACUCGCCCACCCUCCUCUCGUCCCGGAACCUCAAACUCAAGCAUCUUCAACCUCGUCCCGGGUCCCCUCAACGUCCCACGUCCCCGCUCCCCAGACCGUCCCCUCCCCGAUGCCCCGCGAAGCCAAGAAAUCACCCAACGCCGCGUAGACAGCGACCCGCGCGAUCCACGCGCCCACUGGGUCCCGUCCCCGCAACCCGAAGACGGCGAGUUCACCAGCAGCCACCUCUACCGCCUCCGCCACAGCUGGUCCCCGCAUCUCGUCCCCGACCGACGUGUCGUCCAGCACUCGACGAGUCGGUGGCGGCCGCCCUCCCUCGACUCGCGCUACGAGCCUGUCCUCGGCCGGCGAAAUAUCCAGGUCUACUCAUUCUGCCUGGGGUUCAUUUUCCCGCCGGCGUGGUGUGUGGCUGCGUUUCUGCCUCUGCCGCCUAAGCCGAAGGCCGCGCAGAUGGUCGAGUUUCACUCUCCGGAUGUGGGGAUGGCGCUUGAGGCUCAGAAUGUGAAUCUGCAGCAGCGGAGGAGGGAUAAUGCGCGCUGGUGGAGGAAUCUUAAUCGGUGGAUGAUUUCGCUCGGGGUUGCUAUACUUGUUAUUAUUAUUGUGCUUGCUGUUAUUGGGACUACCACGGGUUUUUAG